AUGCAUAUGCAAAGGCCUCGACUGUCAUUGGUCGCAGUUUCGGUUUGCAAUGGUGGAUGUAUGGCUAGUGCUGAAAGGCUGGACUUGAAGACUAGUGGUGGUGGCGAGGACGACCAUAUUCCGGAUUUGCCACCGCCGGCGCCUCCGCCACCACAACCAUCUGCCAAUAGUCGUGACGACAAGUUGAGCGGUGGCGUUGGAACAGAAGGGGAUGUGGAAGAGACUGAUGGUAAGGGGACGGAAUUGGCUGCUGAAGAGGAGGAAGAGGAGGAGCCGCUUAACUCGGGUGAUGAUGUGAGCGACGAGGAGACCGAGUCCCUCUUUGAGUCGGACAACCUUGUUGUAUGCCAGUACGAGAGGGUCAGUCGGUCCCGAAGCAAGUGGCGUUUCUGGCUUCGUGAUGGUAUUAUGAAAAUCCGGGGGCGGGACCACCUCUUUCAGAAGCUGAUUGUAGAGGCUGACUGGUAA